AAAGGCUAGCCAAGCGCAAAGAAGAUCCAUAUCCAUCCUUCCUAGCUAGCCAUGGAGAGCGUCGACCACCACGACAAAGCCGCCACCCGCCUGUCCCUUUCCCCUCCCCAUCCGCCGGCACCGCUCUCCCUGACGCCAUCGCCCAACUCGGCGGCGCUGGUGAACGUGCACUGGGUGCCGACCAGGGAGCAGCUCGCCGUGCUGGAGGGCCUGUACCGUCAGGGGAUGCGCAUCCCCACCGCCGAGGAGAUACAUCAGGUGAUGGCGAGGCUGCAGGAGCACGGCCCCAUCGAGGGUAAGAACGUCUUCCACUGGUUCCAGAACCAGCAGGUCCGGCUGCGCCAGAGGGAGAAGCGGCAGCGAUCUGACUACUUCGCUAGGCAGUUCCGCCGCCCCCAUCCGCUACCCGUGCUCCACAGCCCCUCUGGCCACCCCAUCUCCCCGGUCCAACUCCAGGCGCCGCCGGCGCCGAACACUCCUACAUGCAAUGGAGAAGCGAUGUACAUGCAGCAGCCAUGCUACAUGUCAGGGCCAGCAGCGCAGCCCGCGGCUAAUGCAACCUACUACUCACAGAUGCAGCCGCCGAUAAUGUAUCCAAGUGCGGAGAUGAUGGGGCAUGGCAAUGUACAUGCACAGGCGCAUGCUGCCAUGUACUACCAGGCAGCAUCUCCGAACAACUCCAACACUCAACAAAUGUGUGUGCUCCAGUUGCCCCCAGCCGCCGGCAGCUACGAUACCCCCGACGCGUACUCCCACAGCCCCGUGCUUCUGAAUCUGUUCCCACAGUACCCCACCUUUGCAAAUCGCAAGAAGACCCGCCGCGUCGGGAGCGUUGGCUCCGCGAGGCCAUCGACCUCUAGGUCGAUCUCUUGGGAGACGGAGAGUCCCAAGAUCCCCAACAGACACAUUGUUGUCAAUCUAUGAAUUCUUUGGUGAAGGACACUGAAGGUGAUGCAUGAUUACUGAUAUGCUCGACAAGUACUUUGUCAGUCUCAUGGACAAGCCAUUGAGUAGAUGUAUCAGUUUUCUUUCAUGGGAUAUUUAUUUGGAAUGUUGAUUUACUUAGGUAAUUCGAAGUAAAAUGUGUAUUGCUUCAUAAACUUGAAGCGUGCA